GAGUAGUAGCGGCUAGCCUAUCUUGGAAUUAUCUAUAUAUCUGUCUAUCUAUCUCCCUCUCGGCCUCUCCUCUCAUUACUUACAUCCCGGAGGCAAUUAAGGCCCGCAGGCCUCUUCAAUUCAUUUAUAUCUAUCUCUUAGCUUGUCGUUUCUUUAUUUAUAUAUUUUCCGACGCCGAGACCGGCUGCGCUGCGGAAUGGACGGUACCAAUACACUCCCUUCGCCAUUGGCAUCCCAUGACGACGUCGUCAAGGACUCCACUCUUUUCUGGGAAACUCUCAAGGGCUUUCACGGUGUGAUGGGGACCAAGUGUAUGGUCCCUAUCAUUGGAGGGAAAGAGCUUGAUUUACACGUUCUAUACGUGGAGGUUACCAGAAGAGGCGGCUACAAUCAGGUGGUGUCGGAGAAGAAGUGGAGGGAGGUGAGCGGAGUAUUCCAGUUUUCUCCCACCACGACAAGCGCUUCCUACGCACUGAGGAAACACUACUUCAGCUUGCUGUUUCGAUUCGAGCAGCUUUAUUUUUUCAGGCUUCAGGAGGGCUUAUUACUUGAUCAUAAUUCUUGUUUUCAAGCUACCGGAACCAUUGAUGGGAAAUUCGAGUGUGGUUAUUUGGUGUCCAUGAAACUGGGAUCCGAGGUUCUCAACGGGGUUCUUUACCACCAAAGUCCCAGCUGCACUGCUAUUGUACCUUAUGUCGCUCCUCCUCAAACUCAAACCCCCCGGACCCGGAGGAGGAGAAAGAAGAAAGGCAGUGGCGGCGACCCCUUUCGCCCAAAGCCCAACAGGAGUGGAUACAACUUUUUCUUUGCUGAAAAGCACUCCGUGCUCAAGUCUCUCUACCCAACCCGAGAGAGGGAGUUCACAAAAAUGAUUGGAGAGUCUUGGAACAAUCUCAGCGCUGAACAAAGAGUAGUCUAUCAGAACUAUGGAUUGAAAGACAAGGAGAGAUACCAGAGGGAAUUGAAGGAGUACAGAGACAAGAAGAAGAAUUGAAGAUGAUGAUGGCUCCUUAUUAAUUGCUAGUGAUCGAGCCAGCCAGCGACACAAGCUAAGAUCGAUAUCAUCAACCUGUAAAUUCUCGACUCAUGAAAAUUGAAACAAUAUUGAACAUGUAAUGUACUUCUUUUUUCAUUCCUGCUCGCAACAGAUCGAUUAAGAUAAUCAAAACCAAUCUUCUUAUCUAAAUAACAAGUUGACGGCCUAAAAUUUAAGAAA